AAACAAAGAUUUUAACAAAUAAAUUACAAAAAAAUGAAAUACGCAGAGAUAUCACAUUUCAGCCAUCCACAACACAACCUCAAAUUCGACUACACCGAGAAGCCCUUCAAAUGUGAUGGGUGCAACGAAGUCGGCAUAGGCUCUCGCUAUCGCUGCUCCAAGGACCAUCAAGGCUGCGAUUUCGAUCUCCAUGCGCACUGCGCAUUACCUUCUGCCUCCAUAACACAUCCGUUCUACAAAAAAUGUUCGUUUCAGUUUUUGGCGCAGCCGCCAGGCAAGGAGAGACGGUAUUGCAAUGCGUGCGAGAAAGAUGUGUCGGGAUUCGUGUACCAUUGCAAGGCUUGCGGGUUUGAUCUUCACCCUUGUUGCGCGAUGCUUCCUAUGGUUUUGGAUGAUGGAGAGACCAAACUCUUUCUUUACCGUAAAGUGAGUUCCUCUUGUCAUCGAUGUGGACGAAAAGGUCGUAGCUGGAGUUACAGGUCGUCUUGCAAAAAGUACAAUCUCCACGUAGCGUGCGUGAGGGAGAUGUUGGUGGAUAAUUGGCGAGAGCUAUACAAAGAACAGAAUAUUAAACGCACAGAACGUAAGAUCCUGACUUUGAAGAAAACGCUUGAGCAUCACCACCGUAGCAGCAGCAAAGGCAAAGUCCAGAAAUGCUGCGAGAUCGCCGGAAUGGCCGUGCAGUUCGUUAUCUCUGCCGUGCUCGGCGAUCCAACAGCCCUUAUCGCCGGAGUUGUAGGCUCCCUCAUUUCUCGAGGAUGAUUCCUAUUCCUCUCCCAUGGGUAUUAUACUAGAAUUUGAUAUCCGAUCAAGUUUCAUGUAAAAAAGUCCAAUACAAAACCAAAAAAAAAAAAAAUUGAAUAUUGCGUUUAGUAAAGUUUAUAUCUUAUGUGACCUAAACAUUCAGCAGUACUGUUUUCUUAGAUG